AUGACCUCGGCUUUGGAGAAUUACAUCAACCGUACUGUUGCAGUAAUUACUUCUGAUGGAAGAAUGAUUGUGGGAACACUCAAAGGUUUUGAUCAGACCAUUAACUUGAUUUUGGAUGAAAGCCACGAACGAGUGUUCAGUUCUUCACAAGGAGUUGAACAAGUAGUGCUGGGAUUAUACAUUGUAAGAGGUGAUAAUGUUGCCGUCAUUGGUGAGAUUGAUGAAGAGACAGAUUCAGCUCUUGAUUUGGGGAAUAUUCGAGCAGAACCUUUAAAUUCAGUUGUGCACUGAAAAGGUGAAAAUGCACAGGGACUUUGUAAAUCUUUGGUUGUACAGACCUAUUUAACAACGUGGAUGAUUUUUACAAACUGUGUUUCAUUUGUUGGGUCACCAGUUUUUUAUUCUGAAUAUG